AUGAAUAACACGCUGAACCAACAUUAUGAGGAGAAGGUGCGUCCCUGUAUAGACCUUAUCGACUCCCUGCGCUCGCUUGGUGUGGAGAAGGACCUUGCGCUGCCUGCCAUCGCCGUGAUAGGGGACCAGAGUUCUGGAAAGAGCUCAGUGCUGGAGGCGCUGUCUGGGGUGGCUUUGCCAAGGGGGAGUGGUGAGUGAUAAUUCAUGAAACUGAAAUGACAAAUAUUUAUCAUCUAUCAAAGUCUCAGAGAGGUUGAAUAAGUGAGCCUAUAUUGAUUUGAUUAUCAUUUUAUCUCUAAUUUGUUAGGUUAAAGGGGAAGUUCACACCUACUCAUUCCAGGGUUUUUAUUUAUUUUUUACUAUUUUCUACAUUGUAGAAUAAUAGUGAAGACAUCAAAACUAUGAAAUAACACAUUUGGAAUCAUGUAGUAAACAAAAAAGUGUUAAACAAAUCAAAAUAUAUUUUAUAGUUGAGAAGUAGCCUCCCUUUGCCUUGAUGACAGCUAUGCACACUCUUGGCAUUCUCUCAACCAUCUUCAUGAGGUAGUCUCCUGGAAUGCUUUUCAAUUAACAGGUGUGCUUGUUAAAAGUUAAUUUGUGGAAUUUCUUUCCUUAAUGCGUUUGAGCCAAUCAGUUGUGUUGUGACAAGGUAGGGGUGGUAUACAGAAGAUAGCCCUAUUUGGUAGAAGACCAAGUCCAUAUUAUGGCAAGAACAACUCAAAUAAGCAAAGAGAAAUGACAGUCCAUCAAUACUUUAAGACAUGAAGGUCAGUCAAUCUGUUUUCUAACAUGCUUUAGACACAUUUUCAUAAUGCAUUGUGGUCAAUGAUUGAUGACUCAGCAAAAUGUGUCUACCAAUUUGAUGUCAAAUGCGUUGGGGGAUCAACUACAAGCACAGAAAGAUGGAAUAUUGCACAAUUUCAUUUUAUCGUACUGGACAUUUUUGUAUAUGGGCUGUUUUUCUCUAGGUUUCAUUUAAUCUCUUUCACUCUAACUCCUCCUCUGUCAACUCUGACAGGUAUUGUAACACGAUGCCCUCUCGAGCUGAAGAUGAAGAGGAAGAGAGAAGGAGAGAAAUGGCAUGGAAAAAUCAGCUACCAAGACCAUGAGGAGGAGAUUGAGGACCCCUCUGAUGUGGAGAAGAAAAUUCGAAAAGGUGGGUGCGGUCACUCUCAUUGACCCACUCUCAUUACCUCAAGUGUCUAAACUGAGUUACUAUUCUUCACUAACAUACUAUUUUUAUCUAUACCUAAAAUCAUUAAAAAUAUAUCAUUAACUGUUGGUACAGUUAACUAUUUCUAAGGCACCUGUAUUCUUGUUCCCCCCUCCAGCCCAGGAUGAAAUGGCAGGUGUGGGGGUGGGUAUCAGUGAUGACCUCAUCAGCCUGGAGAUUGGCUCCCCUGACGUCCCAGACCUCACACUCAUCGACCUGCCAGGCAUCGCCCGGGUAGCUGUCAAGGGUCAACCUGAGAACAUUGGUGAACAGGUACACCACUCCACCCCACCCUCAAUGUUAGUGGGAAAACACUGUGCAUUUUUAACCCCAGUCUUAGAACAGAAACCAAGUCCCCCCACGACAUGUUAUGUAUAAUAAUAUUUGACAUUUUCAGAUUAAGAGACUGAUACGGAAGUUCAUCACAAAGCAAGAAACAAUUAGCUUGGUGGUUGUGCCAUGCAACGUUGACAUAGCAACCACAGAGGCUUUGAAGAUGGCACAAGAGGUGGACCCUGAAGGGGAAAGGACAUUAGGUAAUCCACCCUUUAAUAUUUACUCAACUAUUAUGAAGCAAGCUCUUGUGUAAUGGUGGUUAUAAACCAUGUUGACUUGUGUUGACUUUAAUGAGUUAGACUUAAUGAGUUAGACUUAUUCCCAUUGGACAGGCAUCCUGACCAAGCCUGACCUUGUAGACAAAGGCACAGAGGAGACGGUGGUGGACAUAGUACAUAAUGAGGUUAUCCACCUGACUAAGGGCUACAUGAUAGUCAAGUGCAGGGGCCAGAAGGAAAUUAUGGAGCAAGUCUCACUGACCGAGGCCACAGAGAGGGAGAAGGCCUUCUUCAAAGAGCACCUUCAACUCAGGUUGGUACUGUGUGUUGAAGUGUGCUUUAUGUCUGGUACACAGAGGGAAGUUCUGCUCUUUCCCCACAAGAUAACAAGAUUUACCAAAGAUUCCAGCCAACGAGCCAGACCAUCUUAAGCAUGAAACACACUGAGAAUCUGAGAGCCUAUAGACUGCCGAUAGGUUCUUAUCACAGUAGAGGCCGUUCCUUCUCUUGCUAGAAUAAAAUACGUACAUGCUGUGUACCGACCUGGUACUGAUGAAACUGCAGUUUCUACUUUUAGAAUCGCAAUGCAUGGCAGUGGACGACAACUUGACUUUGAGCCAAUCAGAGAGUACGGACCUCCACGUGGGGGAGGCGACAGGACCCUUACGAAGAACGAAUGCAAUCAGAGUGCAGUAUAACUGCAGUAUGUUGCAAAUACUGCGUCCAAAAUAACACCGUUUUUUUUACUGCAGUAAUUUUGCAGUGUAAUUGCAGUUACAGUGCAGUACACUGCAGUUAUUCUGCAAUUACUGCAUCCAAAAUACUAAGAAAAAAAAGAAAAAAUAGGGCACUUUUUCCGGUCUCAUCCACCCUUUUCAUCAGAAUUGUUCUUCAAGCACAAAAUGCUUGAAGAAGUUUUUUUUGUUAGGUUUGAUAAUGUGCACUAGCUUAUUAGUUAGCUUCCUAACUGAGCAAGGCAGUCACACAUACCUCAUAUGAAACAAAUGGGGUGGUAAUAAGUGCAGCACAAUGCGCACAACACUAAAUGCUUUACCAAGCUAGCUAUCUGGCCACUGUAGCUAGUAACACUAUAAUUAAAUCACAAUGGAUUCGUUUCCAUGACGCAGCUGCCUGUAGCUGGAUGCAGAGAAUCAAUGCAGUGUCUUUACUUGCUAGCUUGCAAAUCAUGCUAAUAAUUUAGCUAACAUUAGCCAGGUAGCUAAAAAUGUAUCUAUGGGCAGUAUGCGAUUAUGGAGAGUGAAUAAAAAUCUUGCUAGCUAGUUAUCUAGCUGUUGCCAUCUGGCUAGUAUCAACAAGGGCUAUCUACAACAAUAGCAACAUUAGCGCAGCUAGCUAGCCAACACUGACUAGACCAUAAAGCAACUCACACAGACAUGCAUUGCCAAGCAAACACUACUGCCACCUUCUGGUUUGAAGUAUUUUAACAAGGUUGAGUGGCUGAUGACUUCAAGGUCUUUGCUGUGUGAGCACAAAAGAGAUUGACUGCCGACACUCUGUUCAGAGUUGCUAAGUAGUCGGCCGGGAAACAUUUGUAAAUUCUAUCGGUGUGUCAUUUUCAGAUCUGUGUUGUUGUUGUCUUGUUGUCAGACAAAUGCAUCAACGUUUUCUGAAAGGUUUGCAUUGUGUUUUCACAUUUUCCCUAUCCUUUAUGCAGCACACUUUAUGAUGAGGGGCAUGCCACCAUCCCUAAACUGGCAGAGAAAUUAACUCUUGAACUAGUGCAUCAUAUCGAGGUAAAUUCCACUUCCAUUACAUAUGCUGCACAAAAUACUAUACCUUCGUUUUUGAAUGAAUGGUCUCUUGUUGUUUUCGAGUACCCAGUUGGAUUGUGGAUGAAUUAAAAAAACUGAUACACAAACAUGUUUUGUGUAUGAUUUUUAAUUACAUUAUGAUGUCCCUGUACCUCUCUGGCUUGAUGUGAAUACACAGUGAUGAUUUGCAGGGUGUAUUGUUAUAUGCCUUGUUUCCAUGUCUUUCUUUGUGUUUAGAAAUCCCUGCCUCGUCUAGAAGAGCAGAUUGAGGAAAAGCUGGAGGAGACACGCACCGCUCUGGAGAGAUGUGGUACCGGACCCCCUGAAGACCCAAAAGAGCGGCUGUAUUUUCUGAUCGAUGUGAGUCCCUGAAGCUCAGAGCCAUCAUAGUCCCUCAUUUUUAGGAUACACUGACAUGUGAUACUUCCUCUUUCCAUGUGGCAGAAAGUGACUUUGUUCACCCAGGAUGCCAUUAACCUGAGCACUGGGGAGGAGCUGAAAAGCGGAGACAUCAAUGUCUUCUCCACACUCAGAACAGAAUUUGGGAAAUGGAAGGCACACCUGGAUCACUCAGGAAAGAACUGUGAGUGCACAAUUCUCAUACAUCAAUCAAACAUUGGCCACAAACACUGGGUCAGGAAGUUUGGUAACUGAGAAUUGCCAUUUAUGUCAAUAUGUUUUCUUCUCCUUUUCAUGUAUCACCCAUCAUCAAAAUGUCAAAUGUAGUGCCCAGAUAUUUCAAGACAUAUCAUAUCAAAGUUGUAGAUAAAAAAUAAUGUAGCCUUAUAGCACCUUUCUUGUGAAUCCAAAAUAACAUUGAAUGCUUACACUCACUCAUUUAGUGUUAAGCUAAAUGACAAUGUGGAUGCCUCAUAUUGCAGUUAAUAAGAAGAUUGAAAAAGAAGUGGCUGAUUAUGAGAAGAGGUACCGUGGAAGGGAGCUCCCAGGGUUCAUCAACUACAAGACCUUUGAGGUGAUGGUGAAGGACCAGGUCAAACAACUGGAGGAACCAGCAGUCAAGAAGCUGAAAGAGAUAUCAGGUACAGUAUUGAGUACAAAGAUCUCUUUUUUAUUGUAUUUUUUUUUUAACUUAUCCUGAAACCCAGUCAUUGGGUUUGAUUCAACUAUGAAGCCACCAAAAGGAUUUACAUUUUCCCAUCCAAGAAUGUAGUCUAUCUUUGAGUUUGGUAGUAGUUUUGAGUCCGACCGAUGUCCGAUCUUAAUUUAAAUUGACCAGUAUUGUCGCAGCAAAGUGUUCCUGCAGUACCAGGAUUUUAACGUUUAGUCCAUAAUGUUGCUAGCCGGCCAAAAUUAGGCUACAUGCAAAGUGCUUAUUUGUUUAUUUGGAUCCCCAUUAGCUUUUGCAGAAGCAGCAGCUACUCUUCCUGGGGUCCACAAGAAACACAAUAUAUGACAAGUAACAAAAUACUGAUACACUGAUAAACAAGGACAGUCACAGAAAUGUUCAAUACAACGAUAUACAAACAAUACAACUAAACAAGUAUGUGUGUGUGUGUGUGUGUGUGCAAUACUGUUAAUAUAACCUUGUGUUAUUGUGUGUUUUCAGUGAAUUUAUGUAAAUCAUGAAGCUCAUCUGCAUUUCCUGCUGUGCACGGAAAUUCUUAGCAACAAAAAAGUGAUAAAAUGAAGAUCCUACAUCUGUAUGUAUCACAGUGGUGUUUCUUCUCUUCUCUGGAUGCUGCUAGGAAGGUGUUCAUACAGCUGGCUCAGAACACCUUCACAGGAUUCCCUAUCCUCCUGAAAACAGCAAAGGUACACUUUACAUAACUUUCUAUAUACUUUUCCAUAUUCAUGUCACCAUUUAACCCUAAACUAAAAUCGCCACAACUGGCCAUCAAGUUAAACCUAAACAAGAUGCGGAGAUAACACACUGAAUAACUUGUUUUUUGUUUUUGGCCUUCAGACUAAGAUCGAGACCAUAAAGCAGGAGAAGGAGUCUACAGCUGAGUCCAUGUUGAGGACUCAGUUCAAGAUGGAGCUGAUAGUGUACACACAGGACAGCACCUAUAACUACAGCCUGAGGAAGAGGAAGAGGGAGGAGGAAGAGCUGGAGGAGGGAGAGUUAGUUAUAAAGUCUCCCCUUCCUUCAACUUUUGGGAGUCAGAGAGGGUUCUCUGGUGCCUCUGUAAAGAGGACUGUCAACGGCCUUGCCACCCAUGCUACCCUACGGGAGAUGAUGCUGCACCUCAAGUCCUAUUAUCAUGUAAGUCAAGAGUAUUUACAUUAGAGCUGAUACACUCCUCUUCGAUAGAUAACUCAUCCCUUUAUCUUUGCCAGAUUGCCAGUCAGCGUCUGGCUGAUCAGAUUCCCAUGGUGAUCCGCUACCUGGUGUUGCAGGAGUCUGCUUUCCAGCUGCAGAGAGAGAUGCAUCAGAUGCUGCAGGAGAAGGACAACAUCGAGUACCUGCUGAAGGAGGACAUUGACAUCGGCAGCAAGAGGGCUGCACUGCAGAGUAAGCUCAAACGCCUGAUGAAGGCACGCAGCUACCUAGUGGAGUUCUAG